AUGUCUUUCCUCGGCAAGAAGUUUCCGGCGCCUGUCGCCCGCCCCAUGUGGCCUUUCUACAUCUCCGGUCUCGUCAUCCUCUACGGUGUAAACUCGGCCGCGAACGCCAUGGCUACCGCCGACGAGUACAAGAACGACCCGCGAAACCCUCUCGUCAAGAACCAGGGACCGAACGCCGCCCACUAG